GCAGUGUUGAACAUCCAAGAUUUCUAAGCAGACCCGAAGAGUGGAGGUGAAAUAGGCUCAAGUGGUUGAGCGCCUAUUUUGUGGUCGCGGGUUCACUGCUAAUUUCGAGCGACCGCGUUUCAACAUGACUGCUUGAUUGCUAUACACUCUUACAUAUCGCAGAAGAUGUCUGUCGGACAGAUCGAGCCUGGACAAGCGGUCUAUGCUCAGGACGAGAAUGGUCGACCGUUCAUCAUUGUCCGCGAGCAGGGCAAGAAGGUCAGAACGCACGGCUUGGAGGCUAUAAGGAGUCAUAUCCUCGCCGCGAGAGCUGUUACGAACAUUAUCAAAACAUCCCUUGGGCCGAGAGGCCUGGACAAGAUCCUCAUUUCGCCGGAUGGAGAUAUCACCGUCACAAAUGACGGAGCUACGAUUUUAGGGCAGAUGGAGGUCGAGCACCAGAUUGCAAAAUUAUUAGUGCAGGUGUCAAAGUCGCAGGAUGAUGAGAUUGGAGAUGGAACCACGGGAGUCGUCGUGUUGGCCGGUGCCUUGCUGUCAUCCGCUUUGACCCUGCUUGAUCGUGGGAUCCACCCUAUUCGGAUAGCGGACGGAUACGAAAAGGCGUGUGAGAUUGCCAUUCAGGAGCUGGAUCGAGUUGCAGACACUAUCGAAUUCUCCAAGGACGACAUUAGCAAUCUGCUCAAGACUGCAAAGACGUCUCUCGGUAGCAAAAUUGUCUCGAUAGCGCACGACAAGUUUGCCAAUAUUGCGGUUGACGCUGUCCUCUCCGUCGCUGAUCUCGCUCGUCGAGAUGUCGAUUUUGAGCUCAUCAAGGUGGAUGGCAAAGUCGGAGGUGCUCUGGAAGAUACGUCUUUGGUCAAGGGAGUGGUCGUGGAUAAGGACAUGUCACAUCCUCAGAUGCCGACCACUGUCCGCGAUGCCAAAUUGGCCAUCUUGACGUGCCCAUUCGAACCGCCCAGACCAAAGACAAAGCACAAGUUGGAUAUAGAGAGUGUGGAAGAGUACAAAAAGCUCAGAGAGUAUGAAAAGGAAAAGUUUUUGGAGAUGAUCAAGAGGGUCAAGGACACUGGCGCCAACCUUGUCAUCUGUCAAUGGGGCUUUGACGAUGAGGCGAACCAUUUGUUGAUGCAGAAUGACCUGCCUGCGGUGCGAUGGGUCGGUGGACCAGAGAUCGAGCUCAUUGCGAUCGCCACCAACGGUCGCAUUGUCCCACGCUUUGAGGACUUGACUGCUGAAAAAUUGGGCAAGGCGGGUCUCGUCAGGGAAAUGACGUUUGGGACGACUCGAGAAAAGAUGCUGGUCAUUGAGGAGUGCGCCAAUACUCGGGCCGUGACUAUCUUUGUUAGAGGUAGCAACAAGAUGAUUAUUGACGAGGCGAAACGAGCCCUGCAUGACGCGCUGUGUGUGGUCCGAAACUUGGUCAGGGAUAACCGAGUGGUGUACGGAGGUGGAGCUGCGGAGAUCUGUGCAUCGAUUGCAGUGUCCAAGAGGGCAGACGAGAUCCCUUCGAUUGAGCAAUACGCCAUGAGAGCGUUCGCGACUGCCCUCGAUGCGGUUCCCCUUGCACUCGCGGAGAACAGUGGUCUGUCUCCGAUCGAUACAUUGGCAGAUGUCAAGAGUCGACAGGUGACGGAGAGCAAUCCUAGAUUGGGUAUCGACUGUCUGCAAACCGGUGUCAAUGACAUGAAGGAGCAACACGUCUACGACCCUUUGAUUUCCAAACGACAACAGUUCCUGCUCGCCACACAAGUGGUCAGGAUGAUUCUCCGAGUAGACGAUGUGAUUGAUGCCAGUCUAUUCGCGGAUGGAGCAUAGAGAAACCAAUUUUGUAUGCAUAUUUUUCCCCCGCCCCCACAACCGCCGAGUAGCGCCGAAAAGCGGAUUUCAUGGAUGGAGGAGUUGUGGUUCGGAUGCCCCGGGCCGGAGCAGGUCGGGAUGGUUGUGGGGGUUGUAUGGGUUGUAUGGAUACACUGGAGG